CACCUCCGCCGCGGGAUGUUCUCCAGAAAAAGCCACGCCGAUGUGAAGAAGUCCACGCAGAAGGCGCUGGAUCCCAAGAAGGACGUGCUGACCCGCCUCAAGCACCUCAGGGCGCUCCUGGAUAUUGUAGAUGGAAGUGACCUGAAGCAAUUUUUUGAGAGUAAUUACUCUCAAAUUUACUUUAUCUUCUAUGAGAACUUCAUAACACUGGAAAAUAGCUUGAAACAAAAAGGGAAUAAAUCACAAAGGGAGGAGCUGGACUCCAUUCUCUUUCUUUUUGAAAAAAUAUUGCAGCUGCUACCUGAGAGGAUUUUUUAUCGAUGGCAUUUUCGCAGUAUAGGGUCUAUUUUGAAGAAACUUUUGCACACUGGAAACUCUGCCAAGAUAAGAUGUGAAGGAAUCAGACUGUUUCUUCUUUGGCUUCAAGCACUUCAGACUAACUGUGAGGAAGAGCAAAUAUUAAUAUUUGCAUGCCUUGUGCCUGGUUUUCCACCAAUUAUGUCCUCAAGGGGUCCCUGUACAUUAGAUAACGUCAUUAGUCCUCCUUCUAAUUCACUAGAUGCUAAGAUCUAUCCUGAAGAGAUAACCCCACUUUUGCCAGCUGUCUCUGGAGAAAAAAUUGCUGAAGACCAAACCUGUUUUUUCCUUCAGUUACUGUUAAAAUAUAUGGUAAUUCAGGCGGCAAGCUUGGAGUGGAAGAAUAAGGAAAACCAAGAUACUGGUUUUAAGUUUCUCUUUACCUUGUUUAGAAAGUACUAUCUUCCUCACUUGUUUCCAUCUUUUACAAAGCUAACCAACCUAUACAAGCCUGUUCUUGAUAUUCCUGAUGUAAGACCAAGACCGGUGUAUGUUACUGCAACACGAAACAAUGAAAGUAUCUACAGCACAAAAAUUCCAUAUAUGGCUGCUCGAGUUGUAUUUAUUAAGUGGCUUGUCACCUUCUUUCUUGAAAAGAAAUAUGUAACUGCUGUCCAGCAUACAAAAAAUGGAGGAGAAAUGCUCCCUAAAAUUAUUCAGACUGUGGGUGCUGCAAGCCAGGAUAAAGCCACGGAGCUGGAAAGCAGCACGCCCCACGCGAGCGAGCAGGAGAGGAACCACUCGAACAGCAGCACCUUGUCCGACCGGCGCCUCAGCAAUUGCAGCCUCUGCAGCAUCGAGGAGCAGCAUGGCUCCGUCUACGAGAUGGUGCAGAGAAUCCUCCUCUCCACGCGCGGCUACGUUAACUUCGUUAAUGAAGUCUUUCGCCAGGCUUUUUUGUUGCCUUCUUCUGAUAUAUCUGCAACACGAAAAGUGAUUAAGGUUUAUCGGAAAUGGAUAUUGCAAGAGAAACCGGCGUUCAUGGAGGAGCCAGAUAAAAAGGAAAAUGACCAGGACGAUGUUUCCAACUUGGAGGAUUCAUCCGUGCAAACAGAUAGCAAACAYCUUGCCUCGGACCAUUCAGGCCAUAAACGAUCAUCCAGCUGGGGAAGAACCUAUUCCUUCACGAGUGCUGUUAACAGGGGAUGCAUAUUAGAAGAUGAAGACAAAAAUAUUAAAGCUGGCACUCAAGCUGCAUUACAGGUAUUCUUGACAAACUCUGCGAAUGUGUUCUUAUUGGAACCAUGCCUUGAGGUCCCUGCACUUCUGAAGGAACAAGUUGAUGCUUGCAGAGCAGUUCUGAGUAUUUUUAGGCGCAUGAUAAUGGAACUAUCAAUGAAUAAAAAAACUUGGGAACAGAUGUUACAGAUACUCCUCAGAAUUACAGAAGCUGUGAUGCAGAAGCCAAGGGAGAGCCAAAUGAAGGAUACAUUUGCCCAGAGCAUGUCAGGAUUACUUUUCCGAACUCUCAUUGUUGCUUGGAUCAGAGCAAAUCUGAGCGUUUAUAUUUCCCGGGAGCUCUGGGAUGAGUUGCUUGGUGUCCUGUCGUCCCUCACGGCCUGGGAGGAGCUCAUCAGUGAAUGGGCCAACAUCAUGGAUUCCCUGACCGCGGUGUUGGCGAGGACGGUGUAUGGGGUCGAAAUGACCAACUUACCCCUGGAUAAGCUGAGUGAGCAAAAAGAAAAAAAGCAGAGRGGAAAAGGUGGAAUUUUGGAACCUCAAAAGACAGCUGUAGUGGGAAGAUCUUUUUCGUUAAGCUGGAAAAGCCACCCUGAAGUUGUGGAGCCCAUGAGAUUCAGAAGUGCUACCACCUCUGGAGCACCAGGAGUUGAGAAAGCAAGAAAUAUGGUUCGCCAGAGAGCAACAGAAGUUGAAGAAUCUCAGCAGUUAGAAACAUCAACAGGAGCAGAAGCUACUAGCCUAUUUGCAGACCAGGAGCAACAACUAACUCGAAGUAGUAGCACUUCAGAUAUUACAGAUCAGUUUACAUCUGAUUUUUUUCAAGGUAAAAAGACUGGAAGUUCUCAGAAUUUAACUUCAGACUCCAAACUGAUACAAGAAAAUAAGGGAUGUACAAAAAAGGAAUAUGAAGCUGAGCAUGUCUUAGUAGGAAGGAGCAGCAGUCCAGAUGAAUUAGAUGUGAAAUCUGACAUGCACCAGUYGCAUGGAAAUCACCGAGAGAGAGAAAAAAGUGAGAGUGUGAGUAGUGACGCAUCCAUUGGCUAUAAUARCGAAGUAGAGAUCGCGCUUAUCCCCUGGCAAACGGCUGAGGAGGACCAUGAAGUUAAUGAAUCGGCAGAUGUUGGUGUGGAUGCCCAGGCACCUCGCUGGUUUCAGCUUAGUCCUUCAGAUGCUACAAAUUUAACAGAUAGCAGUGAAUUCCUUGCUGAUGACUGUAGUAUAAUUGCUGGUGGAAGCCUUACAGGUUGGCAUCCUGAUUCUGCUGCUGUGCUGUGGAGAAGGAUCUUGGGAAUUCUUGGUGAUGUGAACAACAUACAGUCUCCUAAAAUCCACGCAAAAGUUUUUGGCUAUCUCUAUGAGCUGUGGUAUAAACUUGCCAAGAUAAGAGACAACCUUGCUAUAAGUUUGGACAAUCAAUCUACUCCCUCUCCUCCUGUUUUAAUACCUCCUCUCAGAAUAUUUGCAUCAUGGUUAUUCAAGGCAACCACCCUGCCAAAUGAAUAUAAAGAAGGGAAACUUCAGGCAUACAGGCUGAUCUGUGCCAUGAUGACUAGACGUCAAGAUGUUCUACCAAAUUCAGAUUUCUUGGUUCAUUUUUAUUUUGUGAUGCACCUUGGCUUAACAAGUGAAGACCAGGAUAUCUUGAACACUGUCGUGAAGCACUGCUCGCCCGCCUUCUUCUUCUUGGGCUUACCUGGCUUUACGAUGCUGAUGGGAGACUUCAUCAUGGCCGCGGCCCGGGUGCUGAGCGCAGACACGCUGGAGGCCCCUCGUGCAGAAGCUCACACCCUCCUUGGUUCUCUUGUUUGCUUUCCAAAUAUCUACCAAGAAACGCCACUACUGCAGCCUGUUUCGGACGCUGUCGAGAUCGUCACGGGAACUGCAGAUGUGAAAGGUUACCUCAUAAAUAUUUUAUUGAAGAAUGCUACUGAGGAGCCAAGUGAAGCGGCAAGGUGUAUAGCCAUUUGUGGCCUUGGAGUCUGGAUAUGUGAAGAACUAACACAGYGUACAAGCCAUCCUCAAGUGAAGGAAGCAAUAAAUGUCAUAGGUGUUACACUCAAGUUUUCGAAUAAACUGGUAGCUCAGGUAGCCUGUGAUGUUCUUCAGCUGCUGGUUUCCUACUGGGAAAAGCUUCAGGAGUAUGAAUCCUCUCUCCCUAGGAAGAUCACUGAAAUCCUUGUGGCCACUGUUGCAUUUCUUUUGCCAAGUGCUGAGUAUUCCUCUGUGGAAGCAGAUAAAAAGUUUAUAGUUUCAUUGCUGCUUUGCUUGUUGGAUUGGUGUAUGGCCUUACCGGUGAAAAUGUUACUAGAGCCAGUGUCUGCUGGUGUUCUUGAAGACCAACAUACCUCCAGAGCUCCUUUACUGGACUAUAUUUACAGAGUUUUGCACUGUUGUGUUAAUGGUUCCAGUACCUACACUCAGCAAAGCCAUUAUGUGCUGAGUCUCGCAGAUCUCUCCUCCAGUGAUUAUGAUCCGUUUCUGCCGCUUGGGAAUGUCAGGAAUUCUGAGCCGGCCCAGUGCCCUUCUGCCACAGACCUGGGCAACCUCCUCACUGUGGCUGAGGAGAAAAGAAGAAGAAACCUAGAACUGAUACCUCUAACCUCACGGAUGGUGAUGACRCAUCUUGUGAACCACUUGAGCCACUAUCCCCUCAGUGGAGGUCCUGCAAUUCUUCACAGUCUUCUCAGUGAGAAUCAUGACAACUCGUAUGUGGAGUCUUCCGAGCUGUCUCCAGAAGUCUUYAGAAGUCCAAACCUGCAAUUAUUUGUGUUCAAUGACAGUACUCUUCUGUCUUACCUUCAGAUUCCUGCAGAAAACAAAGUAGAUACUGGGGCAGCUGUAGCGCCCUCAGAUGUAAGAGUAAUUGUCAGAGAUAUCUCAGGGAAAUACUCAUGGGAUGGCAGAAUAUUAUAUGGCCCUUUGGAGGGCUGUCUUCCCCGGCAAAGUGGAACAAACUCAUUUGUGAUUGCAGGCCAUCCUGAGCACCAGUCUAAUUCCCCAGAAGACCUUUCCCAAGUAGAGGAAGGAGAAGAUGCUCUUGACAUAUUGCUGGAAAAAAUUGGUAGCUCUAGUCCCGAGUGCCUCUUGCAUCCCCAGCGACAGCUGAACGAACCAUCGCCACCACCAUGUGGGAUGAGCUGCGAUCAAGAAAAUGAAAUCAUUCAAGCUCUGAUAAGGCAGAGUGCCCAGGAAAAAGAAUAUAUAUUUAAAUGCAGUUCUGACUUUGGUGUAAAGGUAGCCCAUCAAGAAGAACCCUGCCCUGCUCAACCCCAAGCAUCAUUUUAUUUUUGUAGGUUAUUGCUAAAUGACUUGGGAAUGAAUUCCUGGGAUAGAAGAAAGAGUUUCCACCUUCUGAAGAAAAAUUCAAAAUUAUUAAGAGAACUGAAAAAUCUGGAUUCCCGUCAGUGCCGUGAGACUCACAAGAUUGCAGUGUUUUACAUUGCAGAAGGACAGGAAGACAAGUGCUCCAUACUGUCCAACACCAGAGGAAGCCAGGCCUACGAAGACUUUGUUGCUGGACURGGCUGGGAGGUUGAUCUUUCAACACACGGUGGCUUUAUGGGCGGCCUGCAACGUAAUGGCAGCACAGGACAAACAGCACCAUAUUAUGCUACCUCUACAGUGGAAAUCAUUUUUCAUGUGUCUACGAGAAUGCCAUCAGAUUCAGAUGAUUCACUGACCAAAAAGCUUCGUCACUUGGGAAAUGAUGAGGUUCACAUCGUCUGGUCGGAGCACACCAGGAACUACCGCAGGGGCAUUAUACCCACAGACUUUGGAGAUGUUUUAAUUGUUAUUUAUCCGAUGAAGAAUCACAUGUUUUUCAUAGAGAUAAUGAAGAAACCAGAGGUGCCAUUUUUCGGUCCUCUCUUUGAUGGAGCAAUAGUGACUGCGAAGCUGCUGCCAAGCCUUGUAUGUGCCACAUGCAUCAAUGCCAGCAGAGCUGUGAAGUCGCUCAUCCCGCUGUACCAGAGCUUUUAUGAAGAAAGAGCCCUGUAUCUCGAAGCAAUAAUCCAGAACCAUAAAGAAGUGAUGACAUUUGAAGAUUUUGCCGCUCAGGUCUUUUCUCCCUCUCCUAGUUACUCCCUCGGUGGAACUGGUGAGUCCCUGCUCCUUUUUCUUCCCCUUCGCGCUAAGAAGCACUUGAGCAGCAGAUGUACACCUGUUUUUUGUAGAUAAAUGCUUGCAAAUUUAAGACACCCAUUCUUCCCCUGAAUCAACUAAUGAAUAUCAAAAGGAACGAUGACAUUCAUUUUAAUUUGUUUUGCAUCAGAGCCAUUCACUCAGGCCCUUUCUCCAGCUAUCCUGUUAACCCCCG